AUGCAUCUACAGCUCGUGAACAAGGACUUCUACCACAUUGCAGCUGCCAAAAUCGAUGUUAAGUCCAAAGCUCCCAAUGGAGUGAGCUUCAACGUCAAGGGCACAUCUACUCACGAGGGUCCUACAAGUGCUUCCGUUGAAGCCAAAUACGCGGAUCCGCCUACGGGCUUGUCUCUUACUCAAACAUGGACAACCGCAAACGUUCUUAGUACAAAGCUGGAGCUUGACAACAACUUCGCCAAAGGGCUGAAGGCCGAAGCUCUCACAGACUUUGUUCCAAGCUCACAAAAAUUUGGCGCAAAGCUCAACCUCUACUACAAACAACCCAACUUCAAUGCCCGCGCCUUCUUCGACGUCCUCAAGGGUCCUGUUGCAAACGUGGACGCUGUCUUGGGGCGUGACGGUUUCUUGGUUGGUGGGGAGGCAGGCUAUGAUGUCCAGAAAGCUGCGAUCACCAAGUAUUCAUUGGCCGUUGGCUACACAGCGGCAGAGUACAGCGCCGCUAUCACUGCGACGAGUAGCUUGAGUGUCUUCGCGGCCUCGUACUAUCACAAGGUCAAUUCGCAAGCCGAGGCAGGCGCCAAAGCAACAUGGGACUCGAAGGGCAGCAACAACGUUGGCAUGGAAGUGGCAGGCAAAUACCGUCUCGACCCUACGUCCUUUGCCAAGGCCAAGAUCAAUGAUCGAGGCAUUGCCGCUUUCGCGUACAAUGUCAAACUCCGACCUGGUGUCACUGUGGGCCUCGGGUUGUCUCUCGAUACUCAAAACUUAAACGAAGCUGCGCACAAGGUAACGCUUCCAGAUCGUCGACCGAAGCGCAACAUCAAUUGA